AUGCGCGGAGUGGCACUUCAAGCCCGGUGGAAGAAGUAUAAAGCAAUUCCGUAUAAAACUGAGUACGCAGUUGACUAUGUUUGCGGUAAAUUGGUCGAAACUACAUGCGGUACACCAGUUGGAAGACCGGCGGACGAAGGAAUGGAAAGUUGUGACAAAUCUUGUUGCCAUGCUGGCCACCUUACCGGAUUUUGUGACGGAAGUGCUGUACUUGGUGCUAGGAUAAUAAGUCAAGGGGAACCUGCCGGGACGGAAUAUAAACAUAUAAUUAAACUCGAUCCAGCCUGCCAAUGCACCGACGACCCGAGAGAUGCCACUUGUGGUCCUGAUACUUCAUUUAUAGGAAUUCGAUGUCCGUUUGAUGAAAGUGCAUGUGCAAGAGAGUGUUGUCGUCAAGGAAGAUCAAGUGGAUAUUGUGGUGGAUUCCUGAAGUUAAACUGCAUGUGCGAUUAG